AUACAACAUCUUGUAGUAAUGAUACCACUGAUAUGUUAGCUCUAUUAUUGGACCUUAAUACUUGGGGAUGAAGUUAGCAUGCUGUGCUUCCCCUGGGCAAACCCUCAAUUGGAGCUACACAGGCAUGUGGUUCUUUCUCAAAAGGUAUAUUGUGUGUCAUUAUUUGUGUUCUGGUUUCUUCAAUAUUUUGUAAUGAUUUCGUUCAUCAUGUUGUUCAAGAAACCUAGCAUCUGAUUGUGCUGGAAAAAAAAUAAAUGACUGUAGGUUUUAUUGUCCCUUGUAUCGACAACUUUUAUAUGUGAGAAUGACAUCUAUCUGUAGUUCAUGUGAAAUAAUAUUUCUUGCGCCUAUUGAAAACAAUGGAGGGAAGCCAGGAUAGGAUGCAAUGUCAACAAAAAAAGGUCUGAAGUAGAUUAUCUGCAUUUUGAGUUGUCACUGAUGAUUUUGGGCUUCUACUGAAUUAACUUGUGGCACACUACAAUAAGCCUAAACACUAACCAGUCAAAUGUAUAUUCAUGAUCACAUUGGACCUUCUUUUUGCAUCAGUUCUGAAAUGAACUGCACAAAUUGCCCUGGAACUGCCAAGAAGAGCUUAUAUUGUGUUGUUCCUGUACACAAUUGCUUUUCCAAACUAGUUCCUUGUAAUUUACAGCAUGUGGAAAUGCAUGAACUCUUUCUCCUGAACCAUUAUUGAUCAAUCCAUCAGCAUUGAUAUUGUCACUAUCUCAUGCAACACAACAGAGCCCAGACAGAUUUGUCCUGUCAAUAUGAGCAAGAGAGAAAUACUUCUCAAACUGAUUCCUUAUUCCACUGGUAUCAAUCUGGUAAUCAGUGCUGAGAGAGUUAACCGAAUAAUAAUAGAUAGAUCAGUAAUCCACUAGUCUUAAUCAGGUACUCUUUGUUUGAACACCAGCCCCCAAACUCUCCCAGUCUUUUUUACCAGAAUAGUACACCUGAUUUAGAUCAUCUUAGUGCAUGCAGAGUUGCAAACAUGACAUCCACAGUUGAUCGAUCACCCCACAAUUAUCCACCUGGAAGAAAAGAAUCCUUGCACAGGGGACAGUAGAUCAUGGCCACCACUUGUGAACUGGUUUCCAUACUUCCAUGAGACUCUAAUGAUUCAUAGCCGAAGUUUGAUUGGAUGUAGAGGAGAAAGAAAAAAAGAUCAGGGUUUUGAGAGGAAGGAGAAUAUGUUCUGCCUCAUAUGAAUCCAACUUUGUAGGAACUCCUUUCUAGUGCAAGUUCUAAGACCUCCUACCAGUCAUACAAAGCUGCAUACAGUUCAUUUCUCCAAAGCCCAUGUUACCUGUGUAGAAAAGGAAGCUGAAACCAUGAACUCCACAGAAGAAAGGUGCAUUCCAGUGUACUUACUUAGCUGUCUGAAAACAUAUUUUAUGAAUCUUAUUGUUCUAUAAUUAUGAGUUGUGGUGAGUUAUGGUCAGAUAUAGCUUUUUCUUCUGUUCUGAGUUGUGGAUGAAGCAAUGGCAUGUCCAGGUCUGUGUUUGAACCAUAUGCUUCUAGUUAAGAAGGCAGACAUAGGCCAAGACAUUUAUGAGCAAAGCAAGACUAAGAUGAGUUACACAAAGCAAGCAAAUGAUGCUGGUUGAGAACAUGAAGAGACUUGAAUGACAUUUUAAUGUAGAGUCAAUCUGUAUAGCUACUCUAAUUUUUCUCCUGAAGCACACAUUUUAUAUAGUGACAUAAAUCAUUCAUCUCCUAGACAUAGAUUUAACAUUUCAUGUACAACCACUAUAUCAAAUUAGCUUUGGGCAAUCAUCUGCUAAGCUAUAAAGUGAAGGUGGCAUACCUAGUGAUGUCAUGUGAAAAUUAACAUUGGUUUCGGAAAACACACACAGAGGUUAUGAAGAUCAUAUCGAACUCACUUAGAAAUAAGUUAAAUAAAUCAACGAGCCAGCCAUCAUAAAUGGUUUAGCCAAGUCUUUUGUGACACAGCAAGAGGAGUAAAAGCUAAAAUAGAGAGCAGCUGACGAAGUAUCAGAAACUGUGUUACAUCGAUUAUCCAUGAGAUAUGCCUGAGAUCUUUUCUCUUCAGUGAAUGCGGGUGAGAUGAAGCACUCCCAAGCCGUCGUCCCUCAUCGCAUCAAAACCAUUAUUCUUAUUUUUUUUUUCCCUUUCUCAUAAGUAAUUAAAGAUUUCCCAUAUCCAAUUUUUUUUAUUAUUAUAAAUAACCCCACCCCCACUCCCAUUCCGCCCAAAUCCGCCUCUUUCAGCUCGCUUCGCUAUCGCUCCCUCUUCCCACCACCACCAACCAUGCUCCUCCACCACCGCCAUCGCCUUCCCGCCCACAUUCUCCUUUUCUUGCUCUCAUUCCCUCUCUUGACGGCCGCAUCGCCCUUUCCCAACUCCUCCCUGCAUCUCGACGCUCACCGCGACCCCGAUUCCGUCGCCCGCGAGGUCCAGAGGAAGGUGGAGUUCUCCCACCGGCGUGCCCUCCUGGCCGCGGGCGCCAAGGACCAGUGCGUCACCGGCAACCCCGUUGAUGACUGCUGGCGGUGCUCCGGCUCGGACUGGCGGCAGGACCGGCAGCGACUCGCGGACUGUGGCAUCGGCUUCGGCCGCGAUGCCCUGGGGGGGAAGGGCGGGCCGAUCUACGUGGUGACGGACCCGUCGGAUCGCGACCCGGUGAAUCCCGCCGCGGGCACCCUCCGGUACGGCGCCAUCCAGGAGGGGCCCCUGUGGAUCACCUUCGCCCGCGACAUGACCAUCCGCCUCAACGAGGAGCUGCUGGUGAACAGCUUCAAGACCAUCGACGGCCGUGGCGCCGUGGUCCACAUCGCCGGCGGCGCCUGCAUCACCCUUCAGUACGUCUCCAAUAUCAUCAUCCACAACGUGCACGUCCACCACUGCGUCCCCGCGGGCGAGGCCAACGUGCGCUCCUCCCCCACCCACUACGGCUGGCGCACCCGGUCCGACGGCGACGGCAUCUCCAUCUACAGCGGGCGCAAGAUCUGGGUGGACCACUGCGCGCUGUCCUACUGCGCCGACGGGCUCAUCGACGCCGUCAUGGGCUCCACCGGGAUUACCAUCUCCAACAAUCACUUCUCGCACCACAAUGAGGUGAUGCUGCUGGGUCACAACGACGACUACCUGCCGGACUCGGGGAUGCAGGUGACCAUCGCGUUCAACCGGUUCGGGGAGGAGCUGGUGCAGCGGAUGCCUCGUUGCCGGCGCGGUUACUUCCACGUUGUGAACAACGACUUCACGGCGUGGCAGAUGUACGCCAUCGGCGGCAGUGCCAACCCCACCAUCAACAGCCAGGGCAACCGCUACAUCGCCCCCACCAACCCCGGCGCCAAAGAGGUGACGAAGAGGGUGGAAACGGAGGAAAGCGACUGGAGCGGAUGGAACUGGCGGACGGAGGGGGACGUGAUGGUGAACGGAGCGUUCUUCGUGGCGUCCGGGCAGGGGCUUGAGGCCAAGUACGCCAAGGCCUGGAGCGUCGAACCCAAGUCCGCGGCGCUCAUCGACCAGCUCACCGGCAACGCGGGCGUCCUCGGUGGGCCCAGGGACAACAGCGUGGGACCGGGGAACUCCGGAGUCAACUAUGUUGGGUCCGCCACCACUCAAGACGGUGGCGAAGGCGGAUAUGGGUCCCUUGGUAUGGUGUUUGCAAGCGUCGCGCCACCGCCAUCUGCUCCGCCAAUCUUCUCCUCCGUCAGUAUCUUCUUGUCUUUCUAUUUAAUUGUCGCAGCUCUCUUCUCUCUUUGUAGACCCUGAAGCUGAAAUAGAAAAGCGUUGUUGUUUCGGAAGAUCAAAAAAAUGCAGAUGUAAAUGAUUCUCUUGUAGUUUGAUCUAAUUGCCGUCACAGUUCUCUA